AUGAAACAGAAACAUAUAAGAUUAGCAGCAUUUGGAAUCAUUUUAACAAGUGCAACAAUUGGAAUUUAUUUAUGGUGGAGAAAAAACAAAAAGAAAUCAUCGGAAAAUGCUAAAACUGAAGGUGAUAUGACAAAACCAAGCAUUGUGAAAACUGUAGAUCUCAGUGGCGAAUUAGCAGUAAGUUCGGAUAGCAAAUAUAGAAUCAAACCCAAGAAAUCGGGCCAGGUCCGAUUAGGUUAGAAAAUCAAAUCCGCUUGAAUUGAGUCUAUCUCAAAAACUUCCAGUUCUGAUACCAGUUAAUUCAGAAAAAUGUAUUUUUCAGGCAAUGCCAGUUGGUUCGGGCGAAAUGCCAAAUCCAACAAAAACCAGAGUCAAAAAACGAAAGCGUAACUCACGAGAACGAUCUCGACCACAUCGAACCAAAAAAGCGAUUCACCAAUCAAGCAGUGUUUCCACAGAAGACUAA